ACCCUUUCUUUUUCAGAAGUGUAAAAUGAUUCACAGCUUCUGACUGGAGUUCAUCUACUUUAACAGACCGCAGAUGCGACAUUGAGCCUGUAGAGGACGCUCAUUGCUUACUUUACAACAUUUAAACCAGCACAGAAACAGCCAGUUAUUUAUUUUUUAAAUUGAAUUGUUUUGUUGGUGCAAUUAAAUAUCUGGAUCCAGCUUGAUUCAAUGUCUUCUUCAUCUUAUGUCCAAAUUUCCAGUCUGGUGAGUUUGCGGUCCAGUCAAGCACACCAAACACCAUGGUCAUUUAACCAACUAGUGGUGCAUUUAGCAGCAUGGGCAGGUACCAAAUCCUGCUGGAAAAUGAAAUCAGCAUCUUUAAAAAGCAGAAGGAAGCAUGAUGUGCUCUAAAAUUUCUUGGUAAACGGGUGCAGUGACUUUGGUCUUCAAAAAAACACAGUGGACCAACACCAGCAGAUGACAUUGCACACCGAAUCAUCACAGACUGUGGAAACUUAACACUGAACUUCAAGCAAACUUGUGCUAUGAGCUUCUACACCCACCUUGGUUUCCAAAUGAAAUACAAAACUUGUUCUCAUCUGAAAAGAGGACUUCGGACCAUUGUGCAACAGUCCAGUUCUUCUUCUCCUUAACUCAACUAAAACGCCUCUGAUGUUGUCUGUGGUUCAGGAAUUGCUUAAUACGACAACUGUAGCCAAGUUCCUCGACACGUCUGUGUGUCAUGGCUCUUGAUGCCUUGACCCCAGCCUCAGACCAUUCCUUGUGAAGUUCACGUAAAUUCUUGAAUAGAUUUUGCUUAACAGGUUGGUUGGUUGUGCAUCUUUUUCUUCCACACUUUUUCCUUCCACUCAACGUUUUGUUAACAGGCUUGGAUUCAGCCCUCUGUGAACAGCCAGCUUCUUUGGCAAUGAAUGUUUGUGGCUUACCUUCCAUUAUAUCCACAUUUAAAAGAUUAAACGUACAAAAGAUAAGGUUACUGGCCAAGCAACAGGAACAGUUUAAUACCUUUUUUUAUUAACACACUAACCCCAACAUAUAAUUAUGUGGCAUGAACACCAGAAAAACCUGAUUAUCUGCUUCAUCCAGCAUAAAUUCUUAAGUAGGCUGAACUCCUGAAUUCCACAGGUGUCUAAAUCACAGACUUCUACUUCCUCUGUAGUGCCAAGUGUUGUGUUUUUCGCAUUUGUUUGGUUGGGUGCUUAAACAUUUACCCUCACCCCAUGCACCAGUACCUUGUAGAACAACCUUUGGCAGGAAAUUCCAGCAUUUCUUCUAGUAUAUGCUGUAGUCUAUUAGCUUUGCAGAUAUGGAAGCUUAUAUACCUUUUUCCCAGCAGCAAGUUUUAUCCUGUUGUUCCAUCCAUUAUGAGGAUGGUGCUUUAUGUUGAUCAGUAGAGAUUGUUUUCCACCAAGUUCUUUGUCCCAGUGUUAAAACAAUGUAAGAUUUAGUCACGAUUGCUGAUUUUCACAUGAUGUGUUUUCUCAAUAAUGGAUUUUUUCUUACCACUUUUCCGUUAAACUCAAUAUGGAUGUCAUGUGUACAACUUCUCUCAUCUUGUGGAUCUCUCUAACGCCUUCAGACUUACCCUUGGCCUCUUGGAUGGUUCUCUGAACAUCCUUAUUACUGUCACUAUCUUUUGAUGGACAGCCUGUGACAAUUAUUUUAAUGGUGACGUGUUAAAAGAUUAAGGGAUUUUUAUGCAAGGCACUGUACGUUUUUGUCCCUUUCGAAUAUCUUUUCAUAUACGAUCAUUUCCUUGCAAUUCUUCCAGGAGUAUUUUGUCAAUGAUUUUACAUACUGUAGGUGUGACAAAUAAAAUGUAUAAUAGUUCAGGAGGUACAGCAAUCUGCUGUUGUAGUAACAGUUAGUGAACACAGUUAUGCUGUAACAAAAAACAAUCGCAAUAAUCACAAACAUGGGACUGCUAGUACAGCACGUCCACAACAAUACACAGUAUUGUCUUUUAUACCUUUUUAUUUAUUUUAUCUUUUUAAUGUUGGCAUGAACACUUAACACACGUGGGCGAGAGUGACUUUUAAAGGCCACAAGCCACCUAUAUUGUCUCCUUUCCAGUUAUGAAACUGCUGAUUGUAUCAUUGCAUGUGUGUUGAUUAGACUUCACACACAGGAAGAACCUGGUAAUGAUCAUUUGUUUUUCACUAUGAAGUGUGUGCAUCUAUUACACUAGUGUCACCCGUGGAGUCUUUCACACUCAUAAGCAGCUGCCUGUUUGCUACAACUUAGUGGAUUUAUCUUCAGAAAAAGGCCAACAUAUCAAACAUGGAGUAUGAUUACAGUUACCUCGGGAACUAUACAGAAUUUUUUAGCUCCUCCCCAUGUAUCAAUUCCCUGAGUGAAGUAAACGGCAGUGUGGUUGUGAUCGGCUACAUCGUUGUAUUCUUCUUUGGUCUCAUGGGGAAUAGUUUGGUGAUGAUUGCCGUGUGCACCAUGAAAAAUCACAGAACAUCUACAGACGUGUACCUGAUGCAUUUGGCCAUCGCAGACCUGCUCUUCUCACUCACGCUGCCAUUCUGGGCCGUCUAUAUCAACGAAUCCAAUUGGGUUUUUGGCACUUUUCUGUGUAAGUUGAUCUCGGGUGUCCAGGAGUUGUCGUUCUACAGCUGCGUCUUCCUGAUGGCAUGCAUUAGCAUUGACCGCUACAUGGCCAUCGUCAAAGCUACUCAGUUCCUCUCAAAGCAGAUCCAUGUAGUGAGGUUAGUGUGUCUGUUUGUAUGGAUAGGGGCUGCUGUUCUGUCCAUUCCUAUUGUGGUUCAGCGAGAAGCACUGCAAAUUAACAACUCUGAUAUAACGCGUUGCUACGAAAACGUAACAGCGAAUACGAUGGACAAUUGGCGUGUGGGACUACGAGUCGUUCGUCACAUCCUUGGCUUUUUCUUUCCACUUGCAGUCAUGCUGGUCUGCUACGGUUGCACGGUUGAAACUCUGUUUCGUUCACGUAAUAGCCAAAAAACAAAAGCAAUGAGAGUGAUCUUUUGUGUGGUUUUGGCUUAUGUCAUCUGCUGGCUGCCCAAUAAUGUGGCUGAGUUUGUAGACACACUGUUACGAGGUGGGCUGAUCAGUGACACGUGCUCUACACGAGAUAAUCUGGAGGUGGCCAUGUAUGUCACUCAGGCUUUGGCCUUUAUGCACUGUGCCAUCAAUCCCAUUCUCUACGCCUUUGUGGGCAAGAAGUUCCGGAACCAUCUGCUGGCUUUAUUCUUGAAAAAGGCACUGGUGACCAGAGCAACGUUUAGUCGCUACCGAGCUGGCUCAAUCUACAGCUCAGGAAGCACCAGACACUCUUCUGUCACGCUAUAAAGCUUCCAUUGAUUUUUACACCUGUUUUGAAGUAGAAUAGAAGAUUUCCCACAUUAUGUGCUCACCUCAGUAGAACUUUCUGCAGAUCACAGACAUCAUAAGUUCAUAUAUGAAAAUAUGGGCAUAAUUAAUUACUGUAUGUAAAGAAAUAAGAGCAACUAAGUGGGUAUAAAUUGGGUGGGGCUUUGAGUUCAUAAAUAGUUCAAGCUAUGUUGUUAAAUAAAGACAUUAUUUUCAUUCGUUAUCUUUUAUUUUCAAAUAAUUUGUUAGCCAGCUAGCUAACAUUAGUGACCUUGACAAACAUUGAGAGGAAGUCACAUAAUCUCACUGCUAACACGGCAACUAUAACACAGGUAUAUUCAUAGUUUUUCCUAAUCUAUAAUGCUAAUAGAAGCUUGAUAGCAUGAUCAAACCUGACAUGAUUGUUGACAUUUUUCAGGCAUAAAUAUUUGUAAUCUAUAUGGCUAACUGCACUUAGCUAGCUAUCAGGAACAAAUAGCAUUUUUUAAAUCAUAUUCAUAAAUGUUCAUCAUCUCUACUGCAAACUUUAGUUAACUAGUGACAAACCUGACAGCAAUUCUCAGAGGAUUUUUCAAUGUUGUUCAUAAAUAUUUCUAAAAUAUUUACUACCAUAGUAAAACUGGCAUUAUCCUGGUAUUAUUUUAAGUCAUUAUGAUAAAUGUUGUUUAUAUAACUUGACAGAUUUCUCUGUGGAAGUCAUAUUCAUAAAUGUUUCUAAUCUAAAAGCUAAUAGUUAUUAGAUAGCUAAAAUAAGAGACAGGAUUUCUGAGUCUUUUAAGUUGCAUUAAUAAAUUUUAAAUAAAGUUAUCUAAUGUGAGAAUUUUUUGUUAUGUUUAUCAAUGUUUCUAAUCUACACAGCUAAUAGCAGUUAGUUAAACUAACAUAAUAUUUUCCAGAUAGGAUUGUUUUUUUUUCAUAUUAACAAAUAUCCAUAAACUUUAUCGCUAAUAGUUGCUAGCUAGCUAACAUGAACAAACCAGACAUGAUUUCUGGAGUUUUUUUAAUCUAUCCAGCUAACAAUGGCUAUAUUUUAUGAUAAUAUAAAUAUUUAUAAUAUAUAAAUAUUUUAUGAUAUAAUUUUGUAUAUGAACUCGAAGCCGUGUUGGUCUGCAGACAGAUAAUUCUGGCUCAGCGUUCCAUGCGUUCCAUUUUUUUUUUUUCACUUUAAAAU